AACAAGACAUCUGUCUGUUUCGUCUGUCUGUCGAAAUUCUCUGCAUGAAAUCUCCCACGUUGCUGUUUGAGCGUUAUUUUAAAUUGUUUUCAUUGAAUUACUCGUUUUCUCGUUGUUUAGUGGACUCUGCAGAAAUGAAUACAAUAUGUUUGAAAGAAUCAGGUGAUCGAAAAUUUUAUUCAUUACCUCAGGAAUAUUCUCGUGAGGAAAACCAAAAUAUUAGAAUUUGCCCCCACAGUGAUUCUCUUCUAAAGGAGAUAUAUUCAAAUAUUUCUAGCCGAGGAGCUCUUUUCGAUGGCCCUUAUGGUAGAAGAUCUGUUGUAUACUGUGACUAUGCAGCCUCCGGACAACCACUGAAUUUUUUUGAAGAUUACAUUCGAGACAAAGUCCUUCCCUUUUAUGGAAAUACUCAUACCAUAAUAACAGCUACAUCUCUUCAGAGCACUUAUUAUCGACACGAAGCAAAAGACAUAAUUCGGAAUGCGGUUAAUGCUAGUGAACAUGAUGCUGUUGUUUUUACGGGAAGUGGAUGCACAAGUGCUGUUACAAAAUUAAUUCAUGCUUUGAAUCUUCAGCUACCUGUUGUAGUUUUUAUUGGGCCAUAUGAGCAUAACUCUAAUUUUUUACCAUGGAGAGAAAUUGAUGCAAAG